AUGUCCGACAUAUUGUAUCAGAAGUGCGAGCAAAUUUUCCCUGAGAAGAUGCAUUUUCAAAUAAGCGGUACUGACAAUGUUGUGAUAGCAGAUGAUGAAAGCUUCCAAUUGAAUGGAACGGGCUCCUCAAGCACCCGAGCAAAGAACGAUAUGCCCAUCAGGCAGUGCAGCGCUGAGGGCUCUGGAGCGAGGGCCGUAUUCUGCUGCGGAUCCGAUGGCGAGGAUUCAGAAUGCUGUGCGAAUUCAGCUACCCUCUUCCGGCUUUCCUACCUGCCGACCAAUAUGCACAACAACCAGGGCGAUAAGUUGGGCGCUGUGAACAUCAGCCCGGUUCCUAAGAUAGGGACACCUCCGAUUUCCCUUCCCACUCCCUUCAGCAAGGCUUCAGAAAUAUCUCCUCCAAUUGUCGCGGCAUUGGCGGCACCCACGGCACAGCCUUCUUCAACAUCAUCCACGUCAAUCUCUCCUUCAGCGGUCACUACGAUACUGGAAAUGGCCGAUUCAGACGGCACUGGGGCCAAGGAUAUGACAGUCACUUUCGGAGGUAAUGAAGACGUUUUGCUCGUUGCCACGGAUAACCCGCCAUUGCAACUUUCCAGUGGGCCGGCAGAAUUGGUCGCCGAACCGACAGUAUCAGCAAGUAGCAGCGCAGCUGUACAAAGACCUGCGGCGUCUGCGGCGGCAGAUUCUCUCUCCGGUUCCAACUUCUCAGAUGGCUCCAACGCCGAGUCUGCAGAGUACAGCCAGCGGCUGAGUCGCGGUGCCAUUGUCGCUGUAGGGGUUGGCUUGUCUCUUGCUGGCGCAGGGCUGGUAGCCAUGACAGUCUUCAUCAUUGCGCGGCGACGCGUGUACAAAAAGCAAGAGGAGAGGUGGCGAGAGCACGUGAAAGCAUUGCAAGCUCCGAAAGGGAACACCGGUUCAGGAGGUGGGCUUAAUCCGAGCACAGGGCCGGGAACAAGGGCAUGCGCGAGCUCGUCGAUGAGCCACACCAGAGGCGGCCCUAGGUCAGAGCCCGCGGGAAAGGGAACGUCGGCGAUGCGGCUCUCGGUUUCGACAAAACCAAGUACACGUCUGCAUCCAGAGAUGGAGGGACCAUCGCCCGUGAGUGAAUACCUGCGUGAGAUGGGCUGGCAGGAAGGGUCAAGUUUAGAUGUCCCAAGCAUGGACAGCCGGAGCUACUACAGCCAAGACUCGCUGAGGGUCCAGGACCCAGAUGGCCGGAGAGUAGCAACUUAUCGGUCGGAUAUUGAGUCCCCGUUGGCAAGGUCACCCGGUUUGAAGCCAACGGCAAGCUGGUUAGGAAGGCAUUCCAUAUAUGAGAUGCCUUGA